GCGGAGAGGGAAGAUCACCAGCUGCGCAAGACGUUCGAGAUGACCUUCCUCUGCAAAAAGUGCAAGAAGGCGUUCCGGAAGGACGCGCGCGAGAUGGAGGAGUCUGACGAAUACUGCCCGCACUGCGACAAUCACUUUGUCGUUGAAGCCAAGGAGCCCAAGGCGAUGAUCGGCGUCGAGGGCGAAGAUGCGCGUGUCGACAACCGCAUGCUCAAGGACGACCGCGUCAAGGAGCGCGACGGGCGCAGCCUUUUCAACCGCGACAUGACGGACCGCGUUGAGCGCUUCGACUACUCCCAGGCCUUUGGUCGGCGAUAAGCCCCAUCACACCUGCUCGAGCGGUGGAUGCGGCGGCCAUUGUAUGAUCAGCCCGUGCACUCUGCUCUCAUGCAGAACCGCAGUGCCGGCGCACCCGGCAGUACCUCGUCACCGUUCACCGACGCUGCAUCUGCACAUCAACUUGACAGACACCCUGGCCUGCGAUAGCCAGCACAACAUUCAUCAUCUUGCCCAAACAUCUCUCUCUUGUAGUACAUGCAUUGUCAUAAGUCGUCACUAGAUGUACAAGGGCUGAUGUCAUGAAUCGUC